CAUCGUAGUUACAGUUGAAGUCGAUAUCAAUCAGCUGAAAAUGUCUGGCAGAGGAAAGGGCGGUAAAGGUCUCGGAAAAGGAGGCGCCAAGCGUCACCGUAAAGUCCUCCGUGAUAACAUCCAGGGUAUUACUAAGCCCGCCAUCCGUCGUCUUGCCCGUCGCGGCGGAGUCAAACGUAUCUCCGGUCUCAUCUACGAGGAGACUCGCGGUGUGCUAAAGGUCUUCCUGGAGAACGUUAUCCGUGACGCCGUCACUUACACUGAGCAUGCCAAGAGGAAGACUGUGACCGCCAUGGAUGUGGUUUACGCUCUGAAGAGACAAGGGCGCACUUUGUAUGGUUUUGGCGGUUAAUUUAGAAAUCAACACUUAACAACAAAAAAGGCCCUUUUAAGGGCCCUCACUUACAACUAAAGGCUUGCUCCACGUUGGUUACUUCUAUGAUGCAGACGAACGUACGUUCAUUGUACAGGGUGGUUUUAAAAGAAUGUGCCAAAAUCAUCACGCAAUUAUUCAUUCUAAAAUAAUUAAAAUAGACUGAAUUAGCGGUCAUAUGAUACAGGUAUUCUCCUUGGUCAACUGUUAUAUUCAGUUUUUCUUAGGCGGAAAUCACUUUUAUUUACGCUCA